AUGAGCAAAACAAAGGAUCCGUUGGUGUCUCUCGUGAAGAGCUAUUUAUCAAAGACUAACCGUCCGUUCAGUGGAAACGAUGUCUUCAAUAAUAUGAACUCAAAAGACAGCAAAUUAAGCAAAACAGCGGUCUUUAAGGCGUUGGAGGACUUGUCGGCCAAAGAGAAGAUCAUUGAGAAACUAAAUGGCAAACAAAAGAUCUAUUUCCCACUUCAGGACAACUUCGAGGCCGUCGAUGACCAACAGCUCAAACAAUUGGACCAACAGUUGGAUCAAUUGGGCAAAGAGUUCAAUCAAGUGGACGACGAGCACAAACAUAAGGCGUCCAAACUGUCGGCCAUUAAAAGCGGUCAGACUUUGGCACAGAUUAGCGAACAGUUGUCUGAAUUGAAAGCCCAGACCUCAGAGAUGGAGGAGAGGAUGAAAUGCAUUGACAGCAAAGCCAAAGGUUUAGAUCCCAAAGCGAACCAUAAGCUGAAGAAUGAGAGGCAAAAGUUGGUCACUGAUUGGCGUAAACGUAAGCGAAUGGCCACUAAUAUGGUUGAUAUGAUUCUCGAGUCUUAUCCGAAGCCGAAGAAAGCAUUCAUCGAAGAGAUUGGUCUCGAAACUGAUGAGCAAUUAAAGGUGGAUUUGCCACAAAUGUGA